UAUGUUCUCCUGUCCCUAUUAGAAAGGAGAAUUGGAGGCCAGGAAGAGAUUUCUAAGCUCAGUUUUGCAACCACCUUCCCUCAAGGUGGCUCUCACUUUGCCCCAAAUUGGUGGAACUCUUCUAAGCCCAUGCUUGGAAGUUUGAGUUUAAUCCAGAGCUCGGAGAAAACGAUUGUGUCUUCUGGAAAGGGAAGUUAGGAGCUCACAGCGGUCCUUCAGGAAAAAUGAUUCGUCAGUUCAACAAGAAUCUGAGCAUUUGCUACGUGCCUUUGCUGCACCCCUAACCCUUUCAGCCGGUUACUCUGUCUUCUUUCAGGACGCGGGAAGUGACAGAAAGGAAAGCCGCCAGCAUAGUGCCUGGCACACAGGCAGUGUGUCCUAAGGGCCGACUCUUCCUUCACUCCCACUCAAGAUAAAUGGUGUCUGUAUCCAGCAGUGGGAGGUGGUUCUCAGUAUCCAUUAUACGGAUGGAGAUGACUGUGUGGUGUUUGGGGAUAUGAGAAAGUUCUGGAUCUUGGUCUUUAACAUGAUCUCUGACCUUGCCACACAGAGACCAGCUGCAGCAGAACCCGGAGCCUGUUAGAAAUGCAGGAUCUCAGGGCCUGCCCCAGACCUACUGAAGCCAUCCGAUUUCUGGGUAAUUCUGUGCACGUUUGAGAAGCACUGGACUUCACUCUGAGGGCCAGAGACCAGCUAGUCCUUUCUCUGGCCGCGUUGGGCGCUCGUGGUCUUAGUAGCUUGGUGCAUCCUCAGAGUGAAGGCUGGGCCUGGAAGGAGGCUUGGCCUUCUGCAGGCCAGCGCGCUCUGGAAGCACCGGGGCCGCUGACUUUAGCUGUGGGCAGAACGGAGAAGUAGCUCUCAUCUCAAAUGAAUGCAAGCUUAGAAAAAUCAGGAUGUUGAGAGAAAGAAAGAAAGAAAGAAACAGACAGAGAAAGGAAGAAAAGUAAAAAGAAAGGAAAGGGAAGGAAAAGGCGGGCACUAGGAGAAAAAAGGGGAAUUCACUGGAGCCUCUCCCGUUGAUAAUACAAGGACAAGUCAAAGCCUUCCUAAUUACUGUGUUUAGGAAACAAAGGGUCCUUGCACUUUCCUUUCAAGUAGCCCACAGCUGCGAACUUGUUUCCCUCUUUAUCUGUCUGGGAGACAAAGACACUUGCAAUUGGAGUUUUGAAAUGCAAGGUUAUUUCUUCAUUUUCCCUUGGGCCGUAUGUUUUCUUUUCAAGGAACAGAGAUAAUGACUGUAUUGUGAGGAAAGCAAGGAAGAGGGCUGAGCAGAAAUCAAUAGAGCUUUGAUGGGCCCCUUUCUGAGGGAGGAGAGAGUGAGCACGGCCACCGUGCUCCUGGUUUUCCUUGAAGAGCACACCUGGAACCCAGGUGGUGGGGGGGCGAUGCUGAUGGGGCCACACACGCCUUCCAAGAUAGCUGAUGAAGUCACUCACCGAAUGCUUGCUGAGUCGAAAUGGCCAGUAUGUCAAGAUAUCGAAUAGGCCGUGACUUUUCAGAUCACCCCUCCGUGUACCCGUGAGAGGCAUUAUGAGCAUUUUGGACGAUGCUGUAACAAGUGUGAGCCGGGAAAGUACAUGUCUUCUAAAUGCACUACUACCUCGGAAAGUAUAUGCUUGCCCUGUGGCCCAGAUGAAUACUUAGACACCUGGAAUGAGGAAGAUAAGUGUCUGCUGCAUAAAGUUUGUGACACAGGCAAGGCCCUGGUGGCGGUGGAGCCCGGCAACCGGACGGCCCCGCGGCGCUGCGCCUGCACCGCCGGCUACCACUGGAGCGCCGACUGCGACUGCUGCCGCCGCAACGCGGAGUGCGCCCCGGGCUUCGGCGCUCAGCUCCCGGCUCAACAAGGACACGAUUUGCAAGCCCUGCCUGGUAGGCUACUUCUCCGACACCUUUUCGUCCACCGAGAAAUGCAAACCUUGGACCAACUGUAGCAUUCUUGGAGAGACAGAAGCACGUCACGGGACUGAUAAGUCAGAUGUGGUUUGUAGUUCUUCUCUGCCAUCUGCAAAGCCACCAAGAGAGCCCCUGAUUUACUUGCCCAGUUUAAUUAUUCUGCUUCUCUUCAUCUCCGUGGCUUUGGUUGCCGCUGUCAUCUUUGGUGUUUACUAUAAGAAAAAAGGGAAAGCACUAACAGCUAAUUUGUGGCACUGGGUCAAUGAGGCUUGCGGCCGCCUAAGUGGAAAUAAGCAGGAGUCCUCGGGCAACAAUUUCAGCAGCACUCCUAUGGAGGCCUCUAGUCAGCGUGAAAUUUGUGAUGGUGUCUUACUGCUGACUCUGGAAGAGAAGAUGUUCUCUGAAGAUAUGUGUUGUCCCGACGGUGGCGGUCUCUGUGCGGGGCCGUGUGCAGGCACCGGGCCUGGUGCGCAAGGCCAGGAAGCCGGGAUGCUCACCCUGGUCAGCGAGAUCGAGGGGGACCCCUUCCGGCAGAUUCCCAUGGAAGACGAGUAUGUGGACAGGCCCUCCCAGACCCCAGACUCUUCUUCGCUGUUCCUCACUCAGCCUGGGAGCAAGUCCACCCCGCCUUUCCCCGAGCCCCUGGAGGUGGGGGAGAAUGACAGUUUAAGCCAGUGCUUCACUGGGACAGACAGCCUGGCCGAUUCUGAGAGCGGCCACUUCGCAGAGCCCCUGGGCGGGACUGACUGGACUCCCAUGGACUCCGAAAAGUACUUGCAAAAAGAAGUGGAGGGCGGCCACUGCCCCCACUGGGCAGCCAGCUCCAGCUCGGCUGAUGGCUGCGCAAACUGCGGAAACCCGCCCGGGGAGGCCCGGCACCCGCUCCUGGCUUCCGCGAGCAGCGGCCCCUGGCCCCAGUGCGCCUACGGCAUGGGCCUCCCGCCCGAGGACGCGGCGGACGGGGCCAGACAGGCCGCCGACGGGGCCGACGCCAGGCUUCCCGGAGCCUCGAGGGGAGGCCCCGGGUCUGGAAGCGCCUCCGGUGACCUGCCACCUGCCUCUGGAAAUGUGACUGGAAACAGUAACUCCACGUUUAUUUCCAGCGGGCAGGUGAUGAACUUCAAGGGCGACAUCAUCGUGGUCUACGUCAGCCAGAACUCCCAGGAGGGCCCGGCGGGGCCGGGCAGCGGCGCGGGGGAGCCGGUGGGCCACCCGGUGCAGGAGGAGAGCUCGCCGCGCUGCGACUCGUUCGCCGGCCUCGGGCCGCGCUUUCCCGACCCGUGUGCCGGCCUGGACGCGCGCCCGAGCGGGGGGCUGCAGGAGCGCGGCGCCCCCGGGCCCGACAAGGCCUCGCGGCCGGUGCAGGAGCAGGGGGAGGCCGAGGCCGGCGCGGCAGGGGCGCGGCGCUGAGCACCCGGGGACCCGCAGCGGCUCUCGGCGCCCCUUAGAGCCGCCUUGCCCGGGGGUGGGCGCCGACCUCCGGACCUCGGACCGGUCCUCUGCGGGCACCACAGGGGCCGCGUCCUGGAGCCAGGAGCGCCUGCCCCUGCGCGCGGACGGGGGCGGGCCGGGAGUGGGGGCGGGGCCCUCGCACCUGCGCCUGGGCGGGGCCUGGGGACCGCGCGCACCUGCCGCCUGGGCGGGGCCUGGGGACCGCGCGCACCUGCGCCGGGGCGGGGCGCGGCGGGGGCGCGGAUCUGCUCCCCGACGGCGCUCCCUCUCGGUACAUCUGCGUGGGAUGACCUGACAGUCAGCGCCCGCCGUACUCUGUAGAAUCGGGCACUUUUUAAAAACCUGCAUUUGUUAUGAGCAUUUACUGAUACCCACAGUCACGUAUCAACUGAUGACACAGGUACACGUCGCUCCACUUUUUACCUCCUUUCAGGGUUUUCGGUUUUCCUCCGUCCCAUCCUAUUCCCCAUUAUCAUUUCAUCAUUAGUUUGUCUCUUUAUGGCAUAUGUUUUAAUGAUUGUUCCCUUUGGGUCUGCUCCCCCCCCCUUGUAUUUGUAUUUCAUUUCCGUAACAUUGUCUUAAUACUCUUCCCCCUUUUGUUUUUACUAUGUAAGGGUUUUCUUGAAAAUUCUCCUAAGGGUGCUGGUCUUCUUUACAUAUUUUUUGCACCCCUUCUUGAAAAGUUGCCCGUAUUUUGGUGAUGGGUUUUUGGGGCGGGGGCAGGGAGGUCUGUACUAAGCACUUUUGGUGAAAAGGCCAGGACUGUGAAGUCUAGAGGGAGGCUCAGGGAGCAAAUCGAAGGGCUUUUCGUUUUUGAAAAAUUUUUUUGUGUUCUCAUUUUCUUUAAAGGAAGGAAAAAGGGAAACCCUACUUUUCCCCUGAAUGUUUCUAAGUUUCAGUCAAUCUGCAGGCAGAACUAAGUUGUAAUGUGUCCUUCUUUCCCUCACCCCCAGAUGGCUCAUCCCUGAGAUGAAUGUAUUUGCUCCUUCCAGCAGAAGCAAUCACGUACUUUGGUAACUAACUUUCUAAAAUCCAAGUUGGUGCAGCUUGGCAUUCUUAUUCUUGAUGUCUCUCUCAAAAAUACAUGGGAAAUGAAUAGGACACGGGAUAGCCUGAGUACAGGGUGACAAGCAGCUGCCAGGAAAGUUCAGGAAAGAAGGGAUGGAGCACCUGGGUGACUCAGUCAGUUAAGCAUCCCACCCUUGGUUCCUACUCAGGUCAUGAUCUCAGGGUCUCCAACUCUGCUUGAAAUUUCCUCUCUCCCUCUGCCCCUCUCCUGCUCGUUCCCUCUCAAAUAAAUAAAUAAAUAAAAUUAAAAAAAAAAAAGAAAGAGGGAUAAAGCCAAAAUGUUAAUUUGCAUUUUCUUUUUCUAGGUAAGAACAACGUUAAGUGUGUUUAGGCAAUAGGCCCUAUUUUCUUCCUAAAUAAUUGUGCAUCUGUAAUUUAGUCUUGUAGAAAUGGAAAAUAUUUCUGCUAUUUUCCAAAGCAUCUUAUUUAAAAACCAAAUCCUCAUAUUGUGAAUUUAAGAAAACUUAUCACAGAGAUACUUUUCUCUAAGAUCAGCUCUCUCGUGAGGAAACACACAGCGUGAGUCAGAUUAAAAGGAAGUACCUGACUUCUUCCAUCUGUUGUGGUCAGUGAGUAUUCUCAUAUACCAAAGAAAAGUUAAAAUACCUAAACAUAUUAAAUUAAUUUUGUGGUUCUGAUAGGUUUUAAGAGUGCUAAUAGUGGUCAGUGUCCAGAAUUAAAUGGCCACAGGUGCCCGGCUGAAGGAAUGACCUUUGGUCACUGAUUUCUCCCUACUGGUGGCAGAUCUCUUGGAAACGCUGGAAUAAUAGCGAUUAUGAUUUUAUUUUGUUUU